AUGACAGGCUACUACAACUUCAAGACGCUGAUCAAAGCCAUCCGGGCUACCAAGACGAUCGCGGACGAACGCGCGCUCAUCGUCAAGGAGUCGGCGGCUAUCAGGAGCAGUUUCCGUGAAGAGGACUCGCACGCACGGCACAACAAUGUCGCCAAGCUGCUGUACAUCCACAUGCUCGGCUACCCUGCCCACUUCGGCCAGAUCGAGUGCUUGAAGCUGGUUGCGUCGCCCCGGUUCACGGACAAGCGGCUAGGGUAUCUGGGGAUUAUGCUGCUGCUCGAUGAGAACCAGGAGGUGUUGACGCUGGUGACGAACUCGCUCAAGAACGACAUGAACCACUCCUCCGCACCGACCGUCUCCCUCGCGCUCUGCACCUUCGCCAACAUCGCCUCGGAGGAGAUGGCUCGCGACCUCGUGACCGAGAUCGAGCGAUGUCUCGGCUCGAGCAACGCCUACAUCCGCAAAAAGGCUGCCCUCGCCGCCUUGCGCUCGCUGUACAAGGUCCCGGAGCUGGUGGACCACUUUGAGGGACGCGCGAUCAGCUUGUUGAGCGAUCGCGUGCAUGGUGUGUUGUUGACGGGUGUCACGCUCGUGACGGAGAUGGUUCGCUUGGUCGGCGGAGAGCCGUUCCGCUCGGCCGUCCCACUGCUCGUGCGGCACUUGAAGGCGCUCGUCACGACGAACUACUCUCCCGAGCACGACGUCAGCGGCAUCACCGACCCCUUCUUGCAAGUCAAGAUCCUGCGACUGCUGCGACUCCUCGGCAAGGGCGACGUCGAGGCGAGCGAGACGAUGAACGACAUCCUUGCCCAAGUCGCGACCAACACCGAGGCGGCCAAGAACGUCGGCAACUCGAUCCUGUACGAGACGGUCUUGACCAUCCUCGAGAUCGAGGCCGACAGCGGAUUGCGCGUCAUGGCUAUCAACAUCCUUGGCAAGUUCCUCGGCAACCGCGACAACAAUAUCCGCUACGUAGCGCUCAACACCCUCCUCAAGGUCGUCUCGAUGGACACCAACGCCGUACAGCGCCAUCGCGCCAUCAUCCUCGACUGCCUCCGCGACGGCGACAUCUCGAUCCGCCGGCGCGCGCUCGAGCUCUCGUACGCUCUCAUCAACGAGUCGAACGUUCGCGUCCUCACCCGCGAGUUGUUGGCGUUCCUCGAGGUCGCCGACAACGAGUUCAAGCUCGGCAUGACGACGCAGGUGUGCAGCGCGGCGGAGCGGUUUGCGCCGAAUCGGAGGUGGCACAUCGACACGGUCCUGCGCGUCCUCAAGCUGGCCGGCAACUACGUCCGCGAGGAGGUCCUGUCGAGCUUCAUCCGCCUCGUCACGCACACGCCCGACCUGCAGAGCUACACCGUCUACAAGCUCUACACCGCCCUUCGCGCCGAUGUCUCGCAAGAGGCGCUCACUCUCGCCGGCGUCUGGACGAUUGGAGAGUAUGGCGACGUGCUCCUGCAGGGCGGGACGACGGUCGCGACGGGCGAGGACGAGGAGAGUCAGGCUGCGACGAGCGAGGCGGUCAGCGAGAAGGACGUGCUCGACUUGCUCGAGAAGAUCCUCGUCUCGCCUUACACCAACACCAACAUCCGCCAGUUCGUCCUCACCGCACUCGCGAAACUCUCGACUCGCUUCUCCCAGCCCGACCAGAUCGCUCGCAUCUCCAAAAUCAUGCACGGGUACGACUCGAGCGUCGAGCUUGAGUUGCAGCAGCGCGCGAUCGAGUUUGGCAAGCUCCUCACGCUUGACUCGGUCAAGACGGGCGUGCUUGAACGGAUGCCGCCGCCGGAGAUCAAGGCAACGGUGAUGGGAACGGUGAGCGAGAAGCGACCAGUCGGUUCGUUGCGGCGGGACAAGGACGCCUUGCUGGACUUGAUGGGGGACGAAGCGGCGAGCCCGACGACAGCGGGCGCAAUGCCGGCAGCCCAGCAGCAGACAACGCAGGACCUGCUUGCCGACAUCUUUGGCAACGGCGACUCGACUCCUGCGCCCGCAGCACCACAAGCUGCCGCUCCCGCAUCCUCCGGCGUCAACGAUAUCAUGUCGCUGUUUGGCGCGACGUCGCUCUCUCCGCAACCUACCGGCGCAUCCGCCUCUUCCGCAACGCCUUCCGCUGCUUCCGACCUCUUCUCCUCCAUGUCCAUCACUCCUGCCGCUCCCUCCCCCGCACCUGCCGCCUCUCCCGCACCUUCCGGUCCGACCGCUCACGAAGCGUACAACCGCAACGGCCUGCGCAUCACCCUCACCGCCGUCCGAGACGCGAACAACCGCAACGUCGCCAACAUUCUCGCCAAGUUCACGUCGACACAGCUCGUUUCGGGAGUCAACUUCCAGGCUGCCGUCCCCAAGACCCAGAAGCUUCAGAUGCUCGCCAUGUCGAAGCAGGACGUCCAGCCCGGCGCAACCGAGACGCAGCAGCUGCGAGUCAUGGUCGCCGCACCCGGCGCUCUCGUCCGCCUGCGCCUGCGGAUCGCGUAUUCGGUUGGCGGACAGCAGCACCAGGACCAGACGGACUUCUCCUUCCCGGCGGAACUCAUGGCGGGUCCUUGA